UCCCCUCCGCCGCUCCUGGCUCCACGUGAUUCUUUCAUCCCCGGCACUGGGACACGAACAGGCUUCCUCUUUUGCGUCCGCCUCUGGCAGCGCCACGCCCGAGAUCCCAGAGCGCUGGGGUGAAGGAAUGAAGGUUCCAUCCAGAUUCUGCUAGCAAAUACACAACUGGACUUGUCCAACGGUAGUUGCUAUUAACCCCAUCUAUGCCAUAUGCUGGCUCGGCCCAGCGCCUGCAGCAGCAUCCCCAGCCCAAGCGUGGCUGAGACACGAUGGCAACAGCAUCUGGGGAUGCUGAGAGUGGAGUGCCGCUGCAGGCACCUCCUGCUUCAAGAGCCAGUGGACAACAGGGGAUUGGAGUGGAGUCAGGUAACGGGGCAGGGCUUCGUUUUAACUACAACAAAUGUACAGUCGCCUUGGGAGUCGUGUCCUUAGUUCUCCUCAUCACAGUUAUUGCCCUGGCAGCGUCGUUACCUGGGCGCUCGCCACGUGUGCCGGGCCCCGCGUGCCCGGACGACUGGGUCGGGUACCGAGGGAAAUGCUACCAUUUUUCCGAGGCUGAAAGGAAUUGGACCGACAGCCGGAGCAACUGCUCUGCCCUGGGGGCCUCUCUGGCUGCUAUUGAAACCCUGAAGGAAAUGGCUUUUAUGCUGCGUUACAGUGGCAGCUCUGACUACUGGAUCGGACUCUGCAGGGCCCGGGGGCAGCCCUGGAAAUGGACCAAUGGCACUGAAUUCAACAGCCUGUUUCCAAUAGCAGGAGAUGAUGACUGCACGUAUCUGGAUGGGAACAGAAUCAACAGCCUGCAAUGCACCAGUGAGAGACGCUGGAUCUGCAACAAACCUGAUGUGCUUACAGAGGCAUAGAAGGCUGCAGUGAAAGGGGGCAGAGAAAUAACAAGAUUAGCCCCAGAGAAGCCAGACUGUUACCUGUGAAACUGCUCCUGUCUAGCACUUCCAACCCAGCUUUAGAUACGUUUUGCUUCUAAGAAGCACACCGUGUCUAUUGAAAGUACAGUAUGAAAAGCAGCAUUUACAUUCACCUACGGGCCAAUAAAGAUUGCGCAUGAGUGAGGAGGUGGGCUUGGUUGGUUGUGAUUCGGGGCUCCUCUGAGGCUUGGAUUUCAGGACCGAAUCCCAGGGUCCCAUGGCAAAAGCCCCCCAUUAUGUCUGUAAGUUGUCAUUGGAGUCUUUGGGUGUUCAGUAUCAUGCAACCAUCAUUCACCCUUGAAUGGUGUUAAGCUCAGGAUUUUCAACAGUUCUCCAUUGAUGCCCCUUGUCAGGCUACCUAUCAUCAUCUCUUGUUUGUGUCUCACUGUUUCCAGGGUUCAUCAACUCUGCAAAUUCAAUUCUAGCCUCAAGUAUGAAGAAGGCUUCCUAAUUGUCAUCUUGGACAUUUGUCAUGGCUUAAUUCUCCAACUUGGCACUUCAAGUGUGGAUAUGGGGGCUGGGUAGCAGAAUAAACUCUGUAAGUACCUGUCUCCGUAACUCCCAGAGACAAACUUGUCCAGUCUCAGUUUCCCUGAGACCCAAAAGAAUGACAGUUGGUUUGCUGCCCCCAUCAAGUAUAAG